CAGAUGCUCUUUGAUCAGUUCAAUAAUAUCCCUAUGCUAGUGAAAGAUAAAACUUUGCUCUACUUCCCAAUAAUGAGUCCUCUCAAGUUAUUCUUUCUGCUACUUCUCAUCCUUGCGGUAGUCAUAGUUACGUUAUGUCUUUUGGGCAUAAGGACUCCAAAGCUUCCUGCGGCUGCUGGGGUGACAAUUGCAGUGUUUACUGGUUUUAUCCUGCUACAGAAGAGACGCAAUAAAAAGAAGAAGCAGGGCCAUUUUGAACGAAAUGGAGGUCUUCUAUUGGAGAAACAAUUAUCUGCUGCAGAUGGUGCUAUUGAAAAAACAAGAAUUUUCAUUUCUAGGGAAUUGGAGGCGGCCACUGAUGGAUUCAACGAAAGUCGAAUACUUGGUCAAGGUGGCCAAGGUACAGUAUAUAAAGGGAUCCUAGCCGAUGGAAGAAUUGUGGCAAUCAAGAAGUCGAAGGUUGACGAAAGCCUGUUGGAGCAGUUCAUCAACGAGCUCGUCAUUGUUUCGCAAGUUAAUCACAGGAAUGUGGUAAAACUUCUGGGUUGUUGCUUGGAGACAGAAGUUCCUCUGCUUGUCUAUGAAUUUAUCCCUAAUGGAACCCUAUUUAACCUCAUUCAAAACGACAAUGAGGCUGAAUCCUUUCCUUUUACUUGGAGCUUGAGAUUAAAAGUAGCCACAGAGGUAGCAGGAGCAUUGGCAUACCUACACUCGGGGCUUACAAUUCCAGUCUUUCACAGGGAUAUCAAGUCCACCAACAUAUUGUUGGAUGAAAAAUACAUAGCUAAAGUAUCAGACUUUGGAGCUUCAUUGUCCAUUGCAAUUGACAAAACCCACAUGACUACUCGAGUCCAAGGGACUUUCGGCUACAUCGAUCCAGAAUAUUUCCUGUCGAGCCAAAUUUCUGACAAAAGUGACGUUUACAGCUUUGGGGUGGUUCUUCUUGAGCUCCUGACAAGACAAAAGCCCAUACCUUCCAGAGAAGAAGGAGAAGAUGUCUAUUUAGGGUUGGCACAAAGGUUUCUGACAUCCAUGGAAGAGAAUUCUCUUCCAACGAUUCUUGAUCCUCAAAUUAUGGAUCAAACAAAUGAAGGGGAGGUAAUUGCUGUUGCUAAACUUGCACAACGAUGCAUAGAUUGGGAUGGAAGGAGGAGACCAACUAUGAAGGAAGUUUCCAUCGAGUUGGAAAACAUCAAAAUGUGCAGAUGGGGGUUAACUAUUCAAGAAAAUUAUCAAAGUCCAAGUUGCACCAACGAAGAAGCUGUUGUGAUGAGUGAUUUUUACGACGCAUGGACUAUUGGAAGUGAGAACGUUAAGUCAACUUCAGAUGCCUACGCGGUAUUGAACAAUACAAUCUAAUUCAGCGCUGGCGGAAAAAUGACGGGGCUGGAAAGGGCAGUCGUCCCCAAGAAUUCCACAAAAUGUUUGUGUGCACUGUGAACUUGGUGUUCAAGAAACAACUUCCGGUGAUUAUUUUCUCCUCUCCCCACCACCCCCCCCCCCUUCCCCCGGGCCGGGGGCCCAAAUUCUUUCCCCUUUUUUGUGGCAGAAUGUACAGAGCUUUAGCGUCUAUCUUUUUACUGAUAACUUCAUCAAGU